GCUUCACUCACAUGACUUCCCAACAGAAGCUCUGAGCAAAUAUUUAUCUGGGAAAUUUUUUCCUGCAUUGUCAUGGUCCCCCAUUAUACCUCCAUUAUAAAUGUGUGAGAGAGGGCGCAAUUUCUUCUGGCCACGCAUGUGUUGGAUUAAGACAAGUGGGACCACAAAAACUUUCUGGAUCUAUUAGCCAGGGAUUAUUUUCCACAAUCAGGGUUUGAAAGAGCUAAAGACAUUAUUGAUGGGAAAAUAGCUACAAAUAGACACCAAUACAAAUUGAAACGUUUAAAUUAUGUGAUACAUCAGUCUCAGAGGACAAAUUUCUGCUGGAGACAAUUUCUCAGUGUUGUCAGUUAAUAGUGGAAGGAACUUAAGAAAAGGAAUUGGAAUUUUUAACUGAUAUUGUGUGUGAAAGGCAGCUGUAGAAUUUUAUAGAAUUUUAUAAAAAGUGACAAAUAUUUAAACAAAGACCUCCGACAAAAUGUCCGACGUUGAACAGACAAGUCCAAUGGUGGAAAAGGAAAAAGAACAAGUGUCUGAUGGACCAGACAACAAACCAAGUGAUGGCAAAAACAGUCGUCUAGCUCGGCUUAAAAGACUAAAAAUGGGGAAGAAAGUCAAAUCUUGUCACUCCUGGGGGAAGGAGAAUCUCCUUCUGGUGCUGACCAUUGGAGGGGUGUUUGCCGGGAUUAUUCUGGGGAUCGGGCUACGAGCUGCCGAGCCUUCCAAGGGAGCCAUUCGAUUGAUCGCCUUCCCUGGAGAUAUACUCAUGAGAAUGCUCAAAAUGAUGAUUCUACCUCUCAUUGUGUCCUGUAUGAUCACAGGUCUGACCUCCAUGGACGUACAUUCCAGUGGGAAGAUGGGACUGCGAGGUGUCACUUACUACUUUGUGACGACGUUUCUGGCCAUCAUAUUAGGGAUUAUAUUAGUUAUAGCAAUCCACCCCGGAGACAAAUCCAACAUGCCGGAGGAGGACGAGGACGCGGAAAAACUAGGAGACGACCGAGUCAGCUCACUCGACGCUUUCCUUGAUCUCAUUAGAAACAUUUUCCCAGACAACAUCAUCCAAGCUGGUUUCCAACACAUCAGAACCACGUACAUUGACAAGAAGGCAAAAAACAGGAUCUACUUCACAGCAGCUCUCCAGGACGCCCUGGAUCUGAACCUGACGGACAAAGUGAACAAGACCCUGGGUCUGGCUCUGAGUGAGAAGUGGCAGGAAUUGGUUCGUAUGAACAAGUCGGACCAGUUCAACUCUACUAGGCUGUAUUACAAGGAACCAUAUGUUUUCACUACUCAAAAACAGAGCCUCAACAAUGGAAUUAAUGUCCUCGGAAUUAUUGGGUUUUUCACGGCAUUUGGGAUGAUUCUUAGUAAGAUGGGAGAGAAGGGGAAGCCUAUGGUGGAAUUCUUUGCCAUUCUGAACCAUAUCAUCAUGGAAAUGGUCAACAUCAUCAUGUGGUACUCCCCAGUUGGUAUAAUGUUCCUGGUCUGUGGUAAGAUUCUGGACAUUGAGGACCCGAGCGAGAUGAUGCAGCGGCUAGGGAUGUACAUGUUGACGGUCAUCCUCGGUCUAUUUAUCCAUGCAUUCAUUACACUGUCGCUUGUUUAUUUUGCUGCUACAAGAAAAAAUCCCUUUCACAUACUCAGGGGUGUGCUUCAGGCCCUAGUUACAGCCUUUGGUACUGGUUCUAGCUCUGCUACCCUGCCCAUCACAUUCCGUUGUCUUGAGGAGACUCUCCACAUCGACAGUCGAGUGACCCGCUUCAUCCUCCCAAUCGGAGCCACCAUCAAUAUGGAUGGAACAGCCCUGUAUGAGGCUGUCGGUCCUAUCUUCAUAGCUCAGAUGAAUGAUAUCAACUUAUCCUUUGGACAAAUUGUGGUUGUGAGCUUGACAGCGACCUGUGCCAGUAUAGGAGCAGCCAGUAUCCCUAGUGCUGGCCUCAUCACCAUGUUAAUGGUCCUCACCUCUGUAGGACUGCCCACUGAUGACAUCAGUCUUAUCCUCGCUGUUGAUUGGUUCCUUGACAGAAUUAGAACAGCCAUUAAUGUGCUGGGAGACAGCUAUGGUGCUGCUAUAGUGGCCCACCUCUCUAGGGAGGAGUUGAUGGGGCCAGGAGUUUACCCAGGGGACCAGGAACUGGAUGUCAUUGAAGAGGAACCAGAAAAAUCUAAUGGAGGAGCCAAUGUGUAAAGAGGAACCAGUGAAAACUGGAGAGUGGCACCAAGAAAGAUAACUGUGUUCAGAGAAUGGGGGGACAUAUAAACAGGGUUUUUAAAAAAAAGGUUAAAAAAGAUUUAUACAAGACACAUCGAAAGGUCCUCAAGAAUGUUCAGUAGAAUAUGGAGUGUUAUAGGUAAAAAUGACACAAAAGUGUUGGAUUUCUAUAUUUUUACAACAAAUUGUCUAUUUUCUUGCUUAUAUCUGAUAAAGCUCAUUGUUCAUUGUAUGAGGUGUUUAUUUCACUACGUUGUAUUUUUCACUGUCUUGUCUAUAUAUAUAUUUUACACAUAUUUCCUCCAAAGUAGACCCCCCACUUCUAUUCCCUCCACAUGACCUAGUUUUGUUCUGAAUGUUUGAAUCAUGUAUAAGGGGACAAUGGCUGAUUUCCAUUGUUUGUGCAGGGCAUUUGUAUAAUUAUGACCUUUCAAGUUUUCCAUGAAAUUUGUCAAAGCAAAAACCUUUAUUACUUCCAUAGCCAAUAUGAAAAAUUACAUGCUUAAUAAAAAAAAGUGUCUUCCAGUAUAUGUAUACAACAUCCUUUGGAUAAACACAACAAGCAGUAUUGAAAAAAAACUAUAUCACAUUUCUUUUACAGACUUUUUCAUUUGGGUUGCUUCACUGUGUAACAAAUUUUGUCUAAGGUUCAUUGGCUCAAAAUCCAUCAACUCGUAGCUGGUAUAAUAAACCAAAGUCAAGAUCUGGGUAAACAAUACUGAAUAUCAUUUUGUAAAACUUCAUGAAGUUUUUUUCUUUGCAUUUUAUUUAACUUUUCUCAUAAGCUUUUUACUGACAUGACACGAUAGCAUGUAGUCAAUUUCUGCAUCUCACGCUUGGCGAAUCUCAGUUUGGUAGAAUGGUGCUACAAAUAUACAAUUAAGUAAACAAGUAAACACACCAACAAAUCACUCUUUUCACAUCAUUGACUUUGAAAUAUUGUAAUGAAACACUUUAUUUUUAAUGAACUUAAUGAAUUUUUAAUCAUUUUUUUUUAGCUACAUGUAAAUACAGUCUAGCCUUGAUAAUCAAUCGGGAAGCUUCACCUUUCUUAGAAAAUUAUUUGGGAACAGAAUUACCUCAUUUAAUAAAAAGUAUGUUUUAGUAAUCUGAACCGUUCAUUAAUGCGGGCAAUUUGCUCUGGAAUACAAACAUCAUUGAGGCUCAACUGUAUAAAGGUAAACAUUUAUCUAAUCCUUGUUUCAAAAAAAAAAAAGAUACCAUCAUGAUGAAGAAAUUUUUACUCACAAUUUUUUUAUGUGUACAUUUUGAUAUAGAAUUUUAGCAAUAUUAUGUAUCAGUAUUUGGCUACCUACCAAAUAGAACAUGUGUAUAUAUUUUACGUAUGAAUUAGCUGUUUAGAUGCCCUGUUGGGAAUAGGGUGUUAUAAUGCUUAUUUUAGUCAUUUUAGUAUACACUGUAAAUUACAAUAGUUUUACUAUUUGUUUACAUUGGCAUUUUUAGAGAUGUAAUUAUUGACAUUUUACCAAAUAAAUAGCUACUGUAUA